AUGCAGGCGAACCUCAACCACGCCUGCCAGGCCCAGGACCUUUUCCUCCAUAGCCUGGCAGAGCGUGGUUGUGGGCUCGGAAUUGUGGCCGAGCCGUACCGGGUCCCCAAGAACCCCUGCUGGGCGGGGAGCACGGACGGCUCGGCGGCAAUCGUCUGGAGGAGAACGGGGGAGCGUUCCCCCCCCUUCUCUAAGCUGAAAGCUGGAGAAGGAUGGGUGGCGGUCGAAUGGGGGCCCCUGACCGUAAUAGGGGUCUACAUAAGACCAAGCCUAUCUAGGGCGGAGGUGGAGGACCGACUCCAGGAGUUGGAGGACGUGGUCCGGGAGUACCUCCCCGGGCCAGUAUUGGUCGCCGGGGACUUCAAUGCCAAGUCGGCGCUUUGGGGUUCCCGGCGGCCGGACGCCAAAGGGGCGGAAGUGGAGGCCUGGGCAGCACGCCUGGGCCUCCACCUGGAGAACGUAGGGGCCGUUAGCACCUGUGCGAAUGGCGAUUAG